AUGCUAAGCAAUUUUGGCCUCGCUUCGUGGAUUUCAAAUAUAAGAUUUUCAAGUUUAAGAUAUUUUCAUAAUAUAAGCAAAUCAGAUAGAAGAAAAUUGAUGAUGAGCAAAUUUGGGCCCCCGAUAGAUAGAUCCAUGAGGAGCUUAGAUAGGUCCUUUUUCAAAAAAGAUAUCCCAAUGCUAGUUGCACGUUUUCCUGAUCCAGUGCACCUAGGACAGUUUGUGAAAGUCUGCAAAAAUGAUAUCUUAUGUCUCCCAUCGAUAAAACAUAUUGUACCUUUAGGAAAUUCGAAAGGGGUCAUUUUGAGAGAAGACAUUGAAGACAUUGAUAAUCAUAAAAAUCAAGUGUCGGAGUUGACUCUAAACAAAAUUCAUGAAUAUGGCAUAAUAGUUGAGCCUUACAUUUUAGAAUUAGCGUAUGAUUUUUGGAGGGCUGACGACAUAUUAAGAGCAAUACUACCUGAAAACUUACUUGAUGAUAUACCGACGGGAUUUGCGCAAGCUGGGCAUGUGGCGCAUUUGAACUUAAGAGAUGAGUUUAAACCUUAUGGACAAUUAAUUGGACAAGUUAUUUUGGAUAAAAAUCCAAAGAUUGAUACUGUUGUUGAUAAGGUCGAUACUAUAGAUACUAAAUUUCGAACUUUUCAAAUGAAAAUAUUAGCUGGAAAAGAUGACUUGAUUGUUGAGCAAAGUGAAAGUGGAUGCAAAUUUCGCUUCGACUUCAGCAAGGUAUACUGGAACUCUCGUCUUAGCACUGAACAUGAUCGAUUAGUUAGUCAAUUUAAUCCAAAAGAUGCGGUAUGUGAUGUGUUUGCAGGAGUGGGCCCAUUCGCAGUCCCUGCUGGAAAGAAGAAUGUUUUAGUUUUGGCUAACGACUUGAAUCCAUCUUCAUAUCGUUAUCUCUUGGAAAAUAUUACUUUAAAUGGGGUCCAGGAUUUUGUACGUCCUUUCAAUUUGGAUGGUCGUGACUUCAUUCAAGAGUCACCAAAGUUAUUACAACAAUGGUCUGAGGAUUCCAAGGUCAUAGAAAAGAAAAAGUUGAUAAAAAGAAGAAAAAUAGAUCCAGUCACUCACGAAAAGAAAACAACAAGAGAAUAUGAGUUAACAAAGGUGGAAAUACCGAGGUUCUUUUCUGACUACGUGAUGAAUUUGCCAGAUUCUGCCAUUACUUUUUUGGAUGCAUUCAUUGGCCUUUACCAUGGUAGAGAUGACGUAAAGAAGAUAACUGGUUUUAAAUUGCCUAAAAUCCAUGUGCAUUGCUUUGAAAAAUUUUCGCCUCAUGAUUCUGAACCGUCAAUAGAAGAGUUAAACAAAAGAACAUAUAAUAGGAUUAUUAAGAUACUUGAUUUUGAUAUUCCGUUUUCUGAAUUCAGCUUUCAUUUAGUAAGAAAAGUAGCACCUACGAAGCCAAUGUUUUGUGUAAGCUUUACUUUGCCUGAAGAAGUUGCAUUUCGAGCUCCAUAG